AUGACCACCACUGGAAGGCUAGUCCCCGUUCUUGUUGCAGCCGGCCUGAUAUCAGGCGUGGUGAGCGGUGUAUACAUUUGGAAUGCACCAUUACGCGAGUUGUCGGGAAAGACACCAGCUCCUGGACCGGUAGAAGAUGGCAGGAGUCAGAGUGUCAAAGAUGGCAAAGAUACGGAUGGAUCCCCUUCGUCUAAUCCCCAUCCAUCUUUGAAAUCCGGAGGAGCAUCACCUGUCAAUCAGGGAUCACCCACUGUAGCUGGUACUUCGGCCGAAGGGAGGAAGAGUAUGUCAGCUAGAUGCAUAACUCGUAUACUUGCUCUUAAGAACUGGGCGAAACCCCCUCAAACGCUUAUCAAAGUUCCAGAAUUGAGCUUACCUUUAGCCGACCAUAACGUCUCCAUUCGCUCUAAUCCAAAAGAACAAGACGGUUCCGCCGGCGGUGGUCAGGGUCUUGCGGAGAUGCGUGAACGUAAAAUGCGUGGUCAAGGCGGUCCAUCACCUCAAGGGGGAGAUACGAAAUCUCAACCUGUCGCUGCCGUGGCUAAUGAAGGUGCAGGGGGUGGAGUGAAGAAACAGGGUAGGUGGUGGUUAGGAGGGUGGUAA